AAAGAUCUGAUAAAUUUACAGAAAGACAGAAAAUAUUUUAGUUUAAUGUUAUCAGUUAAAUCAUCAAGAUGUCAAAGAUUUGGAACUACCUAAAUAGUCCAGAAUUAGUGUAUAAAGUACAAAAUUUCUUUGGAUUAGAAAGAGUAAAGGAUGACAAAAUUGUAAUAAAGAACAAAUUUUUUUAUUAUUUAUUCAUAAUAGGAACAGAAUUAGGCGAUGAACUUUUUUAUGGAAUUUUUAUUCCUCUAUGUUUCUUCAAUCUGGAUGGGUUCAUCGGUCGACGAUUUGUGUUUAAUUGGUUCAUAAACAUGUAUGUUGGACAAGCUUUAAAAGAAUUCUUCUUAGAAGAUCGUCCAAAGUCACCAGCAAUAAAAAUGCAAAAGAAAUUUUCCAAUGAAUAUUCGCUCCCUUCAACCCAUGCUAUGUCCUCACCAUCAAUUGCUGUAACUAUCGUUUACUAUGCUCUAGAAAGAUAUGAUGUCAAUUUAGCAGUCUGUGCUGUUUUAACUGUGAUAUGGAUAUCUAUAGUUUCAUGGAGUAGAGUAUAUUUGGGGAUGCAUUCUGUUUUAGACUUAGUGCUUGGAUUCUUCUUAUCUGCUGUACUUUUAACAGUUAUUUUACCCAUUACUAAUACUAUUGAGAUGUUUUUAGCAACAAAUAUGUUCUCACCAAUUAUUCUGCUAGCAGUUACGGUUACUGCAGUGGUGUAUUUCCCAAUUCCAUCAACAAGAGUCUUUACUCGGACAAAAGGUGACACAAUAUCAAUAGCUGGAGUUUUUGUAGGCAUAGAAUUAGGACAUUGGCUAAAUUAUCAAAUGGGAUACCUCGAUGAUAGUCAAGUAAUCCUGCCGUUGUCAGUUGAAUUCAACAAUAUUUUCAGUAUUAUUUUGAGAGCAGUAAUUGGACUUGCGAUUGCUGCGGGUAGUGAAUUUAUAGGCAAAUUGGUCACUUAUUCAGCAUUAUGUGCUUAUUAUGGUGAAGACAAGAAGAAACUCAAAGAAAUGCCAAAUUCUGUGGAUAACAAUAGAAAGAAUUUUAUAGACUUGACAACGAAUUUUCUUACAUACUCAUUCUUAGGAUUCUGUACGCUAUUCUUGGUUCAUCAGAUUUACAGCCAUUUAAACAUACAGCGAGAUUCAUUUUAUACUGAAAUUUAGAACAACUUUAAUAAAAGAAUGCUUGUAAAUGUUAAAUUCCUG